AUGGCUUCGACACUCGCCAAGUUAACAGCCGUCGUGCACGAUGCCACCGCCAAACACACUGCCACCGUGAUCUUUCUGCAUGGCUUUGGCGAUUCAGGAGCUGGUUGGGCCCCAGUGGGCGAGCAGCUUAGUGAGUAUGUGCCUCACGUCAAGUUUAUCUUUCCUAAUGCGCCUGCGCUCCCCAUCACUGCUAAUGGAGGCAUGCGGUCGUCUGCUUGGUACGACAUCAAGUCUCUUUCGACUAUCCAACACGAACAGGAUGAGCAAGGAUUGCUCCGGUCUCGGCAGCAAGUAAUGGAACUGGUGCGCGAGGAGGUCGACAGGAACAAUAUCCCAGCCAACCGGAUUGUUUUGGGAGGAUUUUCGCAGGGAUGUGUUCUCAGUCUCCUGGCCGCAUUGACCUCCGAGUUCAGGUUUGCAGGCGUGACAGCAUUGAGUGGCUAUCUGCCCCUGCAUGCCAAGAUCAUGACUAUGGUCUCUGAUGCCAACCGCAAGACGCCCAUCUUUUGGGGCCACGGCGAUGCUGAUCAGGUGGUCAAGUACAAGUACGGCGAGCAGUCGGUCGAGUUCUUGAAGGAGAACAAGUACUCUGUCCGAUUCUAUACAUACCCUCGUAUGGGCCACAGUGCCUCUCCUCAGGAAUUGAGAGACCUACUGUCAUUCUUCAACGAAGUCAUUCCUGAAGAGCUGCCUGUCAUGGCUAAGGCUUAA